AUGGAUCGAUUAUUUAGAAUAGUUUUAAGGAAUAAAUUAUUAUUUAAUUAUAUUAUUUGUAUUGGUAGACCAUUUAGAUCAAAGAAUCUUUUGUAUUAUCAAAUUAAACAGGUUGAUUGGAUUUUGAAAAAUGGAUAUGAAGGUAUUCUUUGGUACAAGAUUAAAAGAAAAGACAAUCUUAUUUGGAAAAUAGUUGAUAGAGAUACAGUUUUGAGAUAUGGUAGUCCAAAGCUAUUUGAAUCGAUCUUUCUGAAUCAGCUGGAAGUUGAUGGUGGCGUUAUAGAUGCCGAUAAUGAAAAUUGCUUGAGAGAUAUUAUUUUCCCAGAGAGAAGAGCCAGUGUAUUUCUACAAACUGCUAUAGAGGUCAACAGUAACCAAGCUGCUAAGAUGUUACUUCAUUACGGUGACCCCUAUUCAAUAGAUCAGAUAGAGUCACUUUUAAAUCAUUCAAUCAAACAUCUCAACGCUGAAAUAGCCAAUUACAUUAUAGAUACCUUCAAGCUUGGAGAAGAUGAUCUUAAGUUUAAAAUGGAUAGGAUCGUUAUCAAGCGAGACAUUCCAGUCGAUAGAUACCACCAGUUCACUUCAUUUCUUUUGCAAAACAAAAGAUUACUUUCUUCAAAGAAUUCAUCUCUUUUCAUUCUACUUAUUAUAUGUGGCAACAGAGAGUACAUAGACCUAGUAUACAAGUCAGGAAUCGAAAGAGAUAAGACUAUCAUAGAGCAAAUCGUUUAUACCAUUUAUAAGAUAUUAAAAGGUAGCUUGACGAUACCGAUUUUCGGAGCAUUGGAAAUGAUCAAAUGUAUUUUAAGUUGGCUUAUGGGUGGAUUGUAUUAUCGAUCGUACUAUAGAUGCGCUGAAGAGUUGGUAAAGAAGUUUACAAAGUUAUCAAAGGAAGAUUGUGUUAAAGUGAUCCUCUUUGAACUGCUAUGUGGAAUGAGAGGUGAUACCGCUACACCAAUAACAAUCAAAGAAAAAUGUUUAGUCAAGUUAAAUAAGAUCAUGGCUGCCAUCAACGAUUGUGAAGAUAUCGAUGUUGCUUAUCUCAAAUAUAUAGAUAAAUGUUCAUCUGUAGACAAGAGACUGUUUCUAUCAAACUCUACUUCUCUAACGCGUAUGAAUCACUAUCAAAGAAUAAUUGAUAUCAGCAACAUUAAUCAUUUGAUAUAUCUACAGCAACAAUUGGAUUUGGAAACCAUUAAAUCUAUUUGGGUCAAAGGUGAUAGAAAUAUGAUGAUAUUUUUAUCGAGACAUCAUUUGACUAGUUUGAUCAAAUUAAAAGAAAAAUCGGAUUUUUGGAGUUCUCAGGUCAUUGACCAUAUCGAUUUUUUUAGUCUUGAUGAUAUAGAGAAACUUGCACCAAUUACUCAGUUCCUAUAUGCCAUUAAGCAUCCUAAUAGGUUCUUCUCAAUCGAUCACAUUCGAAACUACUUUGUUUUGUUUGGGUCAUUAGAGCUCUGUGAAUAUUCACCGACUCAAAACUUGGAUUUAGCAAUUGUUCAAUUCUUAUUGGCAAAUCUAAAGAAACAAAGUACACUUCAUAGAGCGAUAAAAAGAAUUUUAAUGAAAUCUUUACAUGAUAUACUCUCACCGAUUGUCAAGUAUAUUUUGGAUACUUAUUGGAAGGAACUACCAUUUAUAGAACCAAACUUUACCAAAAUAACAAGCACAGAUCUCAUUUUAGCGAAACUUUAUCAUACACUAUUAGACUCCACUAAUGACCAGACUACGGCCAAAGCAAUAGUAGAAUCAAUUUAA